AUGGCUACUCGUCUGCUCGAGCUUGUCUUGGUGCUUGUUGCCGCCAUGGCGCAGGUGGCGCGUGGCGGCGGCGGCGGCGGCCAUGACUACGGCAAGGCGCUGAGCAAGAGCAUCCUCUACUACGAGGCGCAGCGGUCCGGCGUGCUCCCCCAGAGCCAGAGGAUCGCCUGGAGGGCCAGCUCCGGGCUCGCCGACGGCAAGGCCAACGGCGUGGAUCUUGUGGGUGGGUACUACGACGCCGGCGACAACGUCAAGUUCGGGCUGCCGAUGGCGUUCACGGUGACGAUGAUGGCGUGGAGCGUCCUCGAGUACGGCGAGCAGAUGGCGGCGGCCGGCGAGCUCGGCCACGCCGUGGAGGCCAUCAAGUGGGGCACCGACUACUUCGUCAAGGCGCACCCGGAGCCCAACGUGCUCUACGCAGAGGUCGGCGAUGGUGACUCCGACCACAACUGCUGGCAACGGCCGGAGGACAUGACGACAAGCCGUCAGGCGUAUCGCCUUGACCCUCAGAACCCCGGCUCUGACCUCGCCGGAGAAACCGCCGCGGCAAUGGCGGCUGCGUCACUCGUGUUCCGUACCUCCAACCCGGGCUACGCUAACCAACUCCUGCAACACUCUAAGCAGCUGUUUGAUUUUGCCGACAAGUACCGGGGAAGGUACGACAACAGCAUCACGGUCGCGAGGAACUACUACGGAUCAUUCAGCGGAUACGGGGAUGAGCUACUGUGGGCCUCUGCGUGGCUCUACCUCGCGACCGAUGAUCGGCGCUACCUGGACUACUUGGCCAACAAUGCUGAUGCGCUGGGUGGCACUGGCUGGUCCAUUAACCAGUUUGGCUGGGACGUCAAGUACCCUGGAGUGCAGGUCCUAGCAGCCAAGUUUCUUCUACAAGGCAAAGCCAGCGAGCACGCCGGCGUGAUGCAGAGCUACCAGCAGAAGGUGGAGUUCUUCGUGUGCUCGUGCCUCGGCAAGGGCUCCGGCAACAACGUCGAGAGGACGCCCGGCGGCAUGCUGUACCACCAGAAGUGGAACAACAUCCAGUUCGUCACCAGCGCGUCGUUCCUGCUCGCCGUCUACUCCGACCACCUCGCCGGCGCCGGCGCCGCCGUGCGGUGCUCGGCCGGGCCGACGCAGCCGUCGGAGCUCCUCGCGUUCGCCAGGUCGCAGGUGGACUACAUCCUGGGCAGCAACCCGAGGGCGACGAGCUACAUGGUCGGCUACGGCGCCACCUACCCGCGGCAGGCGCACCACCGUGGCUCGUCCAUCGUCUCCAUCAAGGACAGCCCCUCGUUCGUCGGCUGCAGGGACGGCUACGCCAGCUGGUACGGCCGCCAGGGCAGCAACCCCAACCUGCUCGACGGCGCCGUGGUCGGGGGCCCCGACGAGCACGACGACUUCGCCGACGAGAGGAACAACUACCAGCAGACGGAGGCGGCCACCUACAACAACGCGCCGCUCAUGGGCGUGCUCGCUCGCCUGGCCGCCGGCCAUGGCAGCCGCGCCCGGCUUGGCCAGUCGCUCAAAGACGGAAUCGUCGCGAACCACACCUCACUGCCACCUCUCUCUCAUGCCGCCGCGUCGCCGGUGGAGAUCGAGCAGAAGGCGACGAGGUCGUGGACGAAGAACGGCAAGAGGUACCACCGGUACUCGGUGACGGUGACCAACCGGUCGCCGGCGAAGACGGUGGAGGAGCUCCACAUCGGCAUCGGCAAGCUGUACGGCCCCGUGUGGGGGGUCGAGAAGGCGCGGUACGGCUACGUGCUCCCGAGCUGGCUCCCGUCGCUGCCCGCCGGCAAGAGCGCCGCCUUCGUCUACGUCCACGCCGCGCCGCCGGCCGACGUCUGGGUCACCGGCUACAAGCUCGUCUGAACUCGAUCAACGAGCUAGACGACGACGUGCACCGUACCACCAUUGAUAAGAUAUUGUACCAGUUGUGUUUACACGUUUUACUUGUGCGAGAGAGGACGAUUAAUUAAAAAAUUGUUAGGUUUACAAUUGUUAAGGUACGUGGAGUGAUGUGGCCAGCUACAACCUCAGCCAUCCUCCAUGUCCAUCAGUCCAUGUAAGGUGUGUACUGCCUAGUGGCUAGUGUUUGAAAAUAAAAUGGGUUAUCAUCCAGCUGGAAGUAAACAGGUUGGUGUCAAUGGA